UGGCGCAGGCGCAGCUGCGGCUCCACCGGCGGGCCGAGCGCGCGUCGCGCGGACUCCACCAUGGUGCUGGCGGCGGCCGACCGGGCUGCGGUGCGCGCCCUGUGGAAGAAGCUGGAUGGCAACGUCGGCGUCUACACGACCGAGGCCCUGGAGAGGACCUUCGCGGCCUUCCCUUCCACCAAAAUCUACUUCCUCCACCUGGACUUGAACCCCGGCUCCGCCCAGGUCAAGGCGCACGGCCGGAAGGUGGCCGACGCGCUGACUCUCGCCGUGGACCGCCUGGACGACCUGCCCAGCGCCCUGUCGGCUCUGCGGGAGCUGCACACGCAGCGACUGCGCGUGGACCCCGUCAACUUCAAGCUGCUGGGCCACUGCCUGCUGGUGACCCUCGCCCGGCACUACCCCGGAGACUUCAGCCCCGGCCUGCAGGCCUCGCUGGACAAGUUUCUGAGCCACGUGACCUCAGCGCUGGCCCCCCAAUGUCGCUAAAUCGGGGGGGGGGUGCGGGGGCUCCAAGGUUGGAGUAAAGUCUGUGGUCAAAGCCUCA